UGGAUUUUCAAGAAGAUGAGGUAUGAUUUUCAACUGCUGUGAUCAGUAAUUCAAGAGUCAAUCAGAAGUAAUUAAUUUAUUCAUUUCUUUCGAGUGCUUUCUGCGCAAGGUGUUAAUAAUCUCGCAGCUCAAAUUAUUUCCCCCAAAAAAAGCCCUCACACGUCAAUUUUCCCCUCUCACAAGAAACCGCGUUGGAACUGUCACGCGCAGCUCGACUAUAGACGAUUUUCCUCUUAUUUCGAAAGUGAAGAGCGUCAAGGAAAGACCGGAAAAGCGCAAGUAGAAAUUAAUGGAGGAGUUUAAAUGAAAGAAAUAUGAAAAUAAAUUUUCAUCCGUGCGGAGGAUUCUUCAUAUAAAAUAGAAUGGACGACAAUGACUCAAGUCCCGUCGAACGAUCCAAUCAGGCAAUUAUGAAUUUAUCGUCCUUGGCCUAUAAUUACUUAGCAACGAGGACUUUAGAAGUUGAUGCAACAAAUCUUGUCGCAAUGCUGAACAAAUCCGUAGACGAUUCCAAUGCACCUGACAUCGACAGUCACCGCAUGAGGCUUUUAUAUUUUUAUGGAACACUGCCAUUGAUAUUCUUUUGCAUAAUUUCAAUUGCCGUUAAUGUAAAAAUCCUAGGAUGUGUCUACUGGAUCAGAAGACCCCUGAGUCCCACAUUGCAGAUCAGUCUGAGUCUUGCUGGUGCUGAUGCUUUUUCCAGUGCAGCUCUUGGUAUCGGACUUGUGGGGAAUAGUUUCAUUCCUGAAGGGCUGGGAUUGAAACUUCCAGGUACUAGGUGCUUUCUUUUGGGCCUGGAGGUCAUCAGAAUUGGUGCUGUCAUUAUUACUUUAGGGCACUUGGUUACACUAGCCAUCAAUCAUUAUCUAGGGAUUCUCAAACCACUUCAUUAUCUAUCGAUAAUGACUCAUCGAAUGACAACUUGCCUCACGAUUUUACUCUGGACCCUUCCCCUCUGCUUUUUCAUGGCUUAUUUCAAUCUUAUAGAGAAUGAAGGCUUCCAAUCGCCAGGAUGCAAGAACAUUACGUUUCUUUUGAAGAAGAACUUCCGAGUGAUGUUUGGCAGUCUUUUUUUUGGACCUUUUGUACUGAUGGUCUGCAUCUAUGCUCACAUCUUUCAUAUUGUACGCAAGCAUCAAGCGUCGAGAUUACGAUUCAGUCGUGUUGGUUUAUCAUUUCGGCGGAAUGGGAGCAACAAAAUUCACCAGAAUACUUAUCACCUAUUGGCGAAAAAUAUCAAAGCCAUUCGCACGACUCUAUUAAUUCUCGGAAGUUUCAUGAUUGGCUGGAUGCCAGCAACGUUUCUAUUUGUCUUUGUCUGCGAUGAUUGCCUGCUGCCAUUCGACUGGAUAUCUAAAUAUCCGCGAUUCCUAGUCUACAGUGCAUCGCAUUGCCUACUCAUCCUAAAAACCAUCGUCAACCCCAUAAUUUACGCAGCACGAAUGCAUGAAAUUCAAGUGGCAACAAAACGAAUGCGAUCAUCUCUUUGUAAAUUUGGGAGAGCAGUGGGAGAUAAAGACUCGCUUGGACUUCAGAGCUACGAGGGAAUAUUCAGAGAUCGAGCAUCUCAAUCGAAAUCAGCUGUUUGUCAAGUUGGGCAUAUCCGGAGUACCAAGUGCUCACAGCAUGACAGCAAGUACAGUUACACUACCCCCAGGAGUCAGCGAGAAAAAACUUCUCUAUGAAUUAUUUCACUCUGCUUGCAAAUCAUCUCUAUCUUUCAAUUCAAUGGAAUCUUUCAAUUCAUCUUCAUCAUUUUCUCAAUUAUCAAUUACUCUAAUAUAAUAUAAUUCUGUCGUGGAUUUGCGGAUUUAAAUUUGGAUAUAAAAUCA